CCCUCGCGCCUGCGCACUGUGCGAAGCACACUCGCAUCACAACCUCCAUUUCAGAUCGUCGCACCUACGCGUUUUACGCCGAGCUGUAGCUGAGAAAGAGAGUUUGGUGAAGAGGAUUAGAUAUCGUCGUAAUAAGACGCUUACAUUGUUUAAAGGGUUGUCACCUCACAGAAAUCAUGAGUUUCCAGUUGAACUUGCCACCGUCCGAAAUUGGGCGGUUGGCAAGAUCAGAGCAGUCUGCAGGAGAUGGUGAGACUAAAAAACAGUCCCGAGAGGACUGGAAGAAAAUGAAAGAAUUAGAAGAAGCCCGUAAAGCUGGCACAGCACCAGCCAUGACAGAUGAAGAGGGGAAGGAUAUUAAUCCUCACAUCCCCCAGUAUAUCAUGCAGGCUCCUUGGUAUAUAGGAGCCAAAACUCCUACACUUCGUCAUCAACGACCACAGAAUGAAAAACAAAAGAAGUUUGAUGGGCUGAAUGUUGAAGUAAAGAAAGGUGUAAAAGAGGGUCCUGUUGCACGGAAGUGGCGCAAGGGAGCUUGUGAAAACUGUGGGGCUAUGGGUCAUAACAAGAAAGAGUGUUUUGAGCCGCUAAGAAGGAGAAUGGCAAAGUAUACAGGAGAAAAGAUUGCCCCAGACGACAUAAUUCCCCACCAAUUAAAUUAUGAUUUUGAGGGUAAGCGCGACAUCUGGAAUGGUUUUGAUUCAGUUGAACUUACACGGCAAAUAUUUGAUGACUACAGUAAACUUGAGGAGGCAAAGCAGGCGCUUAAGGAAGCUGACUUGGAAGAAAAAUUUUUAAGAAAAGCAAACAACGAAGAAAAGGAAGGUGACGACGAGGACAAGUAUGCAGAAGAUAUGGAUAUGCCUGGUCAAAAGUUUGAAACAAAGCAGCGCAUCACUGUGAGGAAUCUCCGUAUCCGAGAAGAUACUGCAAAGUACCUGUUCAAUCUAGAUCUCAACUCCGCACACUACGAUCCCAAGACAAGAUCAAUGAGAGACAACCCCUUGCAGGGUUCUCGUAAAGAUGCUAUAAUAGAAACACAAUAUAUUGGUGACAACUUUGUAAGAUUAUCUGGAGAUGCAGAGGAAUUUGCUAGGAAGCAAUUAUUUGCAUGGGAGGCUUAUGAGAAAGGCACAGAUGUCCACCUGCAGGCUGAUCCUACAAAACUGGAGCUUCUGCACAAGGAGUUCUUGCAACGCCGUGACACCUUCAAGCAGACAGCUAAGGACAGUGUGCUUGAUCGAUAUGGAGGACACGAGCAUUUGGAGGCUCCUCCAAAGCAGUUGCUGCUGGCUCAAACAGAGGACUAUGUCGAAUACUCGAGGCAUGGCACGGUCAUCAAAGGCCAAGAGAAGGCUGCUGUCAAGUCUAGAUAUGAAGAAGAUGUGUAUCCAAACAAUCAUCAGAGUGUUUGGGGUUCGUUUUGGAGGGAUGGACGGUGGGGCUACAAAUGUUGCCAUUCCCUGGUGAAGGAGUCUUACUGCACAGGGGAAGCUGGCAUCGUAGCCGAACAGGAAAGCAUCGAUAUGCCCAGUCACCUUAGUGUAGAGCAAGGGACGGUGGCACUUAGAGAGAUAUCCACAGAUGACCAGCCUGACAAGCAGGAGAAGAAAAAAAAGAAGAACAAGGACAAAAAGAAGAAGAAAAGGAAGCACAGAUACUCCAGUGAUGACGAAUCAGAUGAAGAGAAGAAGAAAAAGAGACUUAAGAAGGCUUUGGAACAGGAAGAUGCACACCAGAAGCGAAUGACUGAGCUGUUGCAGAUAGACGAGCGGAAACGACCGUACAACAGCAUGUGCGACGUGCGUGCCCCCACAGAGGAUGAGAUGGAGGCAUUCCGAAUGAAGCAGCACAGAAGCGAGGACCCUAUGGCUGCUUUUCUCUCGAAGUGAUUUUUGUAUUUAUGUGUGUCGAGAACAGCUGAGGACAGAAGCCAAUUAUUGCACCCAGACACCGGCUGGUAGUGAAGACUAAGUUAUGCGGUGGGAUCAACAGCAAAUGUAAAAAAUGUGUAGCACUGCUUGAUACUUUCCGCAUGGCAUCCUUGCUGAGCUGGCAAGGUGUUCAGCAGGAUUCCUUGUAAGCUGUUUCAGGAUUAUUAUAAUUGAAUACAAAAGUAGGAUUUUUUGGUGAAAUGAUUGAUAAAUGCUUUCAGGUCCAAAUGUUUUACAAUAGAUGACACUUAUUACAUAUUAGUGAAACGAUGAGAUUGGUAUUUGAAAAAAUUGAGCAAUGUCAUACAUGUGACUUAUGUUGUAAAAUAUUAAAGACAAUGAAAACAAA